AUCAUGUUCAUCGACGUCUAGGUGGUUGAUAGCUAGAGCCAUAUAUAUAAAGGACACAACAUGUAAUUAUAUCUACAAAAGUAAAACUGUGGUGUGUGUGAGAGAGAGAGAGAGAGAGAAUUCUUGUUUAUAUUCCUAAACAAGGAAUUUUCAUUCCCAAUUCUAACAACUUCCUCUACUCCUUCAUCUACUCUCACAUAAACAAAAAAGGAUAGAUACCCAAAGAAGAAAGAGCUUGAGAUGAGAUCAUAAAUUAAUAUUACAGAAAUCAAGGAUGAUAGAAGAGAUGCAAAACGUUAACUCAGACGAAAGGGAGAUGAAAGGGAAGAGCUCAUCAAGCAACAGCACUGUUGAAGAGAACAAUGGGAACAAGAAGGGAAGCUCAUGUGGAUCUGUGAGGCAGUAUGUCCGCUCCAAGACUCCCCGCCUCCGGUGGACUCCCGAGCUCCAUCUCUGCUUCGUCCACGCCGUUGACAGGCUCGGUGGAGAAGAAAAGGCAACGCCUAAAUUGGUGCUCCAAUUAAUGAACGUCAAAGGCCUCAGCAUUGCUCAUGUCAAGAGCCAUCUUCAGAUGUACCGGAGCAAGAAGAUUGAUGAUCCCAAUGAAGUUAUUUCACAACAAAGACUUCUACUUGAUGCCGGAGAUCGACAUAUCUAUAACCUCAGCCAGCUUCCGAUGCUGCAAACAUUCAAUAAUCAGACACCAAUUUCUAGCUUCAGAUAUAGAGAUGUGGGUCUGGGCAGCCCGGGCAGUUCAAUAAACAGCAGCUGGGCAGCAGCAUCAAACAUGACCAGAAAUAGACUAGUGUAUGAGCCUGCAGCAUCAAACCAGAUCAACAGUGGCUACUUAUCAUCUUGGAAAUUUCUUGAUCAGAAAAGUUUAAUGAAUGAUCAAAGAUUCUGGAAAACCACAACAAGCUCCACAAACUUGUACCUAGCAAGCAAAGAUGAAGAACACGUGGAGAGUCCUCGGCCGUCGAAGAGAAAGCUCCAUCUGGAUCUGACUCUCUCUCUAAAGACGAAUACACAGGAAGAUGGGAAGAAGAUGAAGAGUGGAGAGGGAGACAGCAGCUUGUCUCUGUCGUUGUUUUCGCCAUCCAAAGAGAUUCACAAGAAUCCAGAUGAGGUGGCCACUGCUGCUUUAGAUCUGAGUUUGUGAAUGGGACAAUUUUCUGAGUGAGAUUUUCAACUACACAUCAAAUUUGUCGAGGUAAUGUUGUUUUUGUUUGUUUCUUGAUUCUUGACUUGCAUGCAGAGAUUCAAAUAACUAUUUUAAUGUACAGACUAAUUGUUCUCAUCUCAAUGGAGCACCUAAAUUAAUCAAAAAACUUUGCAUUGGGGGAUGCGACCAUAUUAAAGAA